AGGUACAAACCAAACCAUUUUAACCUUAAGUCAAGUCAGGAAAUCUGUGAUUUGUACUGUGAUUUGUUGGUCAAACAACCAACAACAAAAAAUGACAUUGAAAAAUUUGUCACUGCAGAUUCCCUGUAAUUCGUGAUGUUGUGUGCAACAGGCCCAGCAAGUAUGUCUACUGCAGUAUGGUGCCAAUCUGCAUGGGGGCGCUGCUCAACACAGUGGGAGAGGUGAACUUCCACAUGCUGGGGUUCGUCGCAACCCUCCUGUCUACCAUUCUCAGGGCGGCAAAGAGUAUCCUACAAGGAGUCUUGUUGAAGGAUGAGCGUAUGGACUCCAUCCGUCUCCUGUACCACAUGUCCAUCCCCAGCUUCUUCCUGCUGCUGUUCCUGACCCUGGUGUUUGAGAGCUCGGCUGUGUAUGACGAGGACCUUCACAACAACCCCAGACUCUGGCUGCUCAUCCUGGUCAGCUGUGCCUGCGCUGUUGGGUACAACACCAUGACGUUCGUCGUGACGUACUACACCUCCGCUGUCACCCUGCAGGUCCUGGGCAACGUGAACAUGCUGGUGAACGUGGUGGUGUCUGUCCUGAUCUUCCAGAACACGGUAACGGGCACGAGUGUGGCGGGGAUACUGGUGACACUGCUGGGCGUCCUCAUGUACCAGAGGGCCAAUCAGAUCAAGAAGUUCUUCCAGAUGCUGAACAGGUGCACAGGUGGACACGAAAAGGAGUGAGCUGCACCUGCUAGGUCAUAGAUAGAGUCAUGUGCAAGCACGUAGCAGCUAAGGUCCAUUUCUUCGAUCAGACCCUUGUAGUACCUAUUGGCACAUAAGGCAGCAAGUUUCUUUGCUGUUUCUGUAGAAGGGUACGUUUCUACAGGGAGGGGUUGCUAGCCCUUUCCCUUUAAUGUGCUGGAGGAACCUCCUUAAACAGGAGACCCCCUUUGUACGUCCCGUCUGAAAGAAAGAUUAAGGUUAAGCCCCAACCAGGAUGGCCAUCCAGGGACUGAACCGUGGUCUUCCAGUUACUAUCUUAUUGGAACCACAACCUCAACUGUGAAGCUACUACCUGAGUUGAGCUACUGUACAUGUACAUCCCUGUUGGUGGCCAUUACAACUAUCAAGUGGGCUUCUCCUUGACUACAAAGCAACUGAUAUAUCCAGAAAACAGUUACGAUUGUAAGACGACUGUGAAUAUGGUAAGACACGGGAACCCUGAAGUUGUUACAAGUGCCGAAAGUUUGCUCUGCAGAUGCAAGUAUACACUGUGAAUGCAAAAAGAACUGUAGAGAUACAGAGACAAUGCACAGUAUAUAGCCACUAAUACUUAAAAGUGUGCACUUGCACUUCAAGCACUGUAAAUGUACGUACUGUGGCUGCUUGUUCAUAGGUGCAACUGUGCCUUGGGUCAUGGUAGAAACCAGGCUGUCCAGUGCUUUGAAAUUGGAGAGGAGUUUUAAACAUUAUAAUAAUAGCUCCUUCAACAAAGUGGAAGAUCAGAGAAAGCAGCGAGCUGUUGAAUAAAAACUGACAAAUAGUUAAAGGUUGUUAUGUAUGGUAAUGUUGUGAAGGUUGGAGAAAGGUAUUUUCAUGACACCAAACAUAAAUGUUUCCAAUCAAUUACUGCUAUUGUUCCGAUCACAAACUUUCCUUCUACUGCCAAAUUAACUUCCCGGGAAAGAAUUAAAAAACAUUUCCAAAAAUCUGAUAUCAAAAGCCUUUCUAUUCUACUUAUUGCUCUGCAGUUGAAAUGAUUAUACCCUGAUCUACCUCUAGAUGAAAAUAGCACUCAUUGAUCGACAAAAAAGACGUUAAAAUGAAAAAUGUUGCAUGUGCUGAUAUUUUGUGAAGGAUUAAUUCUAUAAAUGUUUAUGAAUGUUAUAUAUUUAAUGUGACAUUUGUUUGUGCAUUUGUUUUUUUAAGUGCAAUUUUACUGAGCUAGUCUCAAUAUGCAGAGAAGGAAAUUUCUUUAAUGAUUUUAUAGCUCAAACUAUUUAUUGUGCAAUGUAUGUUUCAAAAGAAUCAUUUUUUGGUGAAAUGAAAUACAACAAAGUGGUUGUAACUGAAUGUUGCAAUAGUUUAUCUGUAUCCUACAUGUUGUAUAUUCAGAAUUUAUGUCAUCCUGUAAUUGUCAACAGACAAGGAAAGUAUGUUUUGGGGGCUUCCAGUUGUAACAAGCUGUCAAACUACCUGUUGGAUAUUUUUCUGAUUUUCUGAUUUGUGAAAUGAUAUAUGGGCUUAUUCAGAAUGAAUGUCUUGUAAUUUUGUAUGAUACCUUUAACAUUUCAAAGAUUGGUUGUAUAUUUAGUUAAUGUCACUCUAUAGGUAGGUUUUGGUUAUGCUAUGGUCCCAUUUGGAAAAGAGGGCCCUUCACACAGAGUAAUUUAUAGGCUGUUUUUGUGCACUUUUGGCCAUGACCCCUACAUGGCCCCAUAGGACACUCUGCGGCAGCCUAUUUUAGGGUAAGGCCCCUAGAUUUUUUUAACGCCGUGACCUAAUCAUGAAAACACAGUAAGGUAGCCCUGUGAUCUCUGGCCAUUGGAACAAAUUCGUGGCUUCAGAGCCUGGCCAGGGCUUCAGCCACUAUAUGCAGGCACUGCCAUGAUGCAGAUGUGAACGUAGCAUUCAGAGAUACAUAAACCAUUGUGUGCAAUGAUGAACAGCAAUGUUGUUUUGGGUUGUUUUGUUCUCUCCAAAAGAUGUGUUUCAUCUAUUGGACAAAAAACAAAGACAGGCCUCUGUGAUAUAUUAAAAUGUUGGAAGUCAAUUA